AUGUCUUCUCCUGCCUCAAAGACCACCGGCACCAAGUCCAAGAACGCUUCCAUGGACUCCAGAUGCACCACUUUCUCGGACAUCAUCAGAGCCCUCGACGAAGCCCACGACCGCAUCGCCUCCAUGGGGGUUGACGAGAUGGCCGUCGAGCGCGUCAACAGUAACAACUCCCUGCUGAUUGACAGCGAGGCUAAGUUCAUGACUCCUCGCAAGGCCUUCGACGUCAAGAAGUACAUGGCCGACCUCGAGAAUGGCGACAUCACCCUCCGCCAGAUCCAGGUCGCCGCCAAUGCCAUCAAGCUCCCUGAAGAGCACCUUGCCGACCACAUCCGCGUCAACGGCAGUGAGUCUUUGACGUUCUCUUCUUUUGUAAUGUCGACGAUGCUGACAAUGUCGCAGNAGCUUCCUGAGCCCAAGCCUGGUCCCGGCAAGUGCACCUACGACCCUUACCCUCUUCCCCCUAAGCGCAAGCGCGAUGCUCUGUCCGACAACAUCGAAGACGCUCUCAAGAAGGUCAAGAACGUCUCCAAGUGA